AUGGCAAAUCUGCAGACCACUACCCCAAGGAAACUAAAGUGGGAAGAGAUUGGUGAAGUUGACGAAAACUACGCCCCCAUUCACACAUACCAAGUAUGCAAAGUUAUGGAGCAGAAUCAGAAUAACUGGCUUUUAACCAGUUGGAUGUCCAACGAAGGUGCUUCCAGAAUCUUCAUAGAACUCAAGUUUACUCUACGGGACUGCAACAGCCUUCCGGGAGGCUUGGGGACCUGUAAGGAAACGUUCAACAUGUAUUACUUCGAGUCAGAUGAUGAAAAUGGGAGAAAUGCCAAGGAAAACCAGUACAUCAAAAUUGACACCAUUGCUGCUGACGAGAGCUUUACAGAACUUGAUCUUGGUGACCGGGUUAUGAAACUGAAUACAGAGGUCAGGGAUGUAGGACCUCUAAGCAAGAAGGGGUUUUAUCUUGCUUUUCAAGAUGUGGGUGCUUGUAUUGCUCUAGUUUCUGUGCGUGUAUACUAUAAAAAAUGCCCUUCUGUGGUGCGGCACCUGGCUAUCUUCCCAGACACAAUAACUGGUGCUGAUUCUUCACAGCUGCUUGAAGUGUCAGGGUCCUGUGUCAACCAUUCUGUGACUGAUGAACCACCCAAAAUGCACUGCAGUGCUGAAGGGGAGUGGCUGGUCCCCAUCGGGAAAUGCAUGUGCAAGGCAGGGUAUGAAGAGAAAAACGGAACCUGUCAAGCACCCUCUCCAGUCACCAAUGUGAAGAAGGGGAAGAUUGCUAAAAACAGCAUAUCUCUAUCUUGGCAGGAGCCAGAUCGCCCCAAUGGAAUCAUCUUGGAGUAUGAAAUAAAAUAUUUUGAGAAGGACCAAGAGUCCAGCUACACGAUCAUCAAAUCCAAAGAGACGGCUAUUACCGCAGAGGACCUGAAGCCAGCCUCAGUGUAUGUCUUCCAAAUUCGGGCGCGCACAGCAGCCGGCUAUGGUAGCUACAGUCGGAGAUUUGAGUUUGAAACCAUCCCAGUGUCAGUUGCAGCACCCGGCGACGAAAGCCAGAUUCCCAUCAUUGCUGUGUCCGUGACCGUGGGAGGCAUUUUGUUGGCAGUUGUUAUCGGCUUUCUGCUCAGUGGAAGUUGCUGCGAAUGUGGCUGUGGGAGGGCUUCUUCCCUGUGCGCUGUUGCCCAUCCAAGCCUAAUAUGGCGGUGUGGCUACAGCAAAGCUAAACAGGAUCCAGAAGAGGAAAAGAUGCAUUUUCAUAAUGGGCACAUUAAAUUGCCUGGAGUAAGAACUUAUAUUGAUCCACAUACUUAUGAGGACCCAAAUCAAGCUGUCCAUGAAUUUGCGAAGGAGAUAGAAGCUUCAUGUAUCACCAUUGAAAGAGUUAUUGGAGCAGGCGAAUUUGGUGAAGUAUGUAGUGGACGUUUGAAGCUGCCUGGAAAAAGAGAAUUGCCCGUGGCAAUAAAAACGCUAAAAGUAGGUUAUACUGAAAAGCAACGCAGAGAUUUUCUGGGUGAAGCAAGUAUCAUGGGACAGUUUGAUCAUCCUAACAUCAUCCAUUUAGAAGGUGUUGUGACUAAAAGUAAACCAGUAAUGAUCGUGACAGAGUAUAUGGAGAAUGGGUCUUUAGAUACAUUUUUAAAGAAAAAUGAUGGGCAGUUCACUGUCAUUCAGCUUGUUGGCAUGCUGAGAGGCAUCGCUGCUGGAAUGAAGUACCUUUCUGACAUGGGCUACGUACAUAGAGACCUGGCUGCCAGAAACAUCUUAAUCAACAGUAACCUUGUGUGCAAAGUGUCUGACUUUGGACUUUCCAGGGUGCUGGAAGAUGAUCCUGAGGCAGCGUACACCACAAGGGGAGGCAAGAUUCCAAUCAGAUGGACUGCCCCCGAAGCGAUAGCCUUUCGAAAGUUCACCUCUGCCAGCGAUGUCUGGAGCUAUGGGAUAGUGAUGUGGGAGGUUGUGUCUUAUGGCGAGAGACCCUACUGGGAGAUGACCAAUCAAGAUGUAAUUAAAGCAGUAGAAGAAGGCUACCGUCUACCAAGCCCCAUGGACUGUCCGGCUGCUCUCUACCAAUUAAUGCUGGAUUGCUGGCAGAAAGAUCGAAAUAGCAGACCCAAGUUUGAGGAAAUCGUCAACAUGUUGGACAAACUGAUUCGCAACCCAAGUAGCUUGAAGACGCUAGUCAAUGCAUCAAGCAGAGUAUCUAAUUUAUUGUCAGAACAUGGGCCCUUGGGUUCCGGGGCAUACAGAUCAGUAGGUGAAUGGCUGGAAGCCAUCAAAAUGGGCCGCUAUACGGAGAUUUUCAUGGAAAACGGAUACAGUUCAAUGGACGCUGUGGCUCAGGUGACCUUGGAGGAUUUGAGGCGACUCGGAGUGACUCUUGUCGGUCACCAGAAGAAGAUCAUGAACAGCCUUCAAGAAAUGAAGGUGCAGCUGGUAAACGGCAUGGUGCCCUUGUAACGUCAUUUUUAAUACCCCUGCUUCACGUAAACGAGCCUUGGUAGCACCAUGGUUAAUACUCAGCUGCUAACCCCACGGCCAGCCGUCCCAACAAGCAGCUGCUCCCAGGGAGAAUGAUCCAUCAGCCUGCUUCUUGAACCAUUCCAGCCUUGGGAGCCGCGGGGCAGUUCUACCCCGUCCUGCGGGCUCUCUGUGACCUGGAAUUGACUUGUCACCCAGCGGUUUGGUUUGGAUGGAUGUUCCAGUGAACGACUCUGCACUUUGUAAACAAGCCCUGAGAUUUAUUUUAACAAAAAAAAAAAA